AUGUCCGCCCUCCAACCGCCGCGGAUCAACACCGAGGACCCUGGAGCGCACGACGUCUCUGAUGCCUCCGACGACCACUUCUCCUCCGCCAGCGAAGGCGACCGCUCCCCCGUCCCCAUCACCCGCGUCGAACGUGUAGACGACCGAGCCGCCCACGGCGAAGUCCCCGGCACCCCCGCCUACAACCUCCGCACCCAGGACGCCGUCCCUGACGAGAUGGAGAUCGUGCCUGAAGGCCGCCGUGCGCGCUCUGGCACCUCCCCGGGCGGUAGAGGGCGCGCGAGCUCAACACUGAGUGGAACGGGCAGUGCGUCGGGUUCGAGGGCGGAGACGCCGGGUGGUAGUCCGGUACCCAAGACUAUUGUCGACAAGGUCGAUUUCAAGCCAAGUCAUGGAGAGGUUGACGGGACGCCGGCGAAGGAGAUGCGGAUGGCGGAUGCGACUCCGGAUGAAGUGAGGCAGGCGCCGGCGGAGACGAGGCAACGGCUUGAGGGUAGAAAUGGACCAGCAGUAGCCACUGAAGCCACGGACGAGACCGAGGAAGGGCGGCAAGCUUGGUUUCGAUCAAUGUGGGAAGCGGAUGUACAAAGUCAGCCAGACGACGUGCCAGAAGACGAUGACGUGCCAGAAGACGAACCACCUCAAACUACCACGAACGACGACGACGACGACGACGGCGAUAACGACGAUUUUGGAGACGACUUCGACGACUUUGCAGAAGGAGGCGAGGGCGACGCAGACUUUGGAGACUUUGACGAAGCAGAGGAUGCACCCCCAGAGCCCGAGCCUGAACCUUCACAAGCAAAACCCUCAAUACCCCCUGCACCAGACAUACUAGCCGGCCUUCCCCCUCUCGACCUCACAACCCUCUCCACCCCCACCGAAAUCCAAUCCGCCAUCUCCCCCUACAUCUCCGCCGUCCUCCCACCCAAAAUCACGCCUGCAUCCCCUCCACCACCACCCGCUCAACCCUCACCCUUCCUCUCCGACCGCUCCCUCUCCCUCUGGCAACAGCUCGUCUCCCCCCCGCCAAUGCAACCCCCCAACUGGACCCGCUCCCGCAUCCGCCGCCUCUUCCUCGUCUCCCUCGGCGUCCCCGUGGACCUCGACGAGAUCCUCCCCCCGAGCAAACAGAAACGCCUUAUUUUACCCUCCAUUGGCCUGGACGGAAGUCCGCGACCUAGCACAGCAAUCGACCGCCUGCGCGGCGAGGAGGGAGCCAACGCCUCCACCACCUCCCUCGACUCCAAAACCGGCGCUUCCCGGCCGUCAAAGCGAAAACCAGACGCGCGACGCGGUCCGCCUGCGCCGCCGGAGUGGAACGCGAAUGCCGCUGCUUUACUGGCGGGAACUACUGUGGAGAAGUUGCUGGGCCUGGAGGACGGGGAACUGCAGGCGCAUGUGGUGGGGCUGGGCGAGGAGAAUGAAAAGGCGAGUCGGGUGCUGGAGUACUGGUUGGAGCGGCGGGAUGAGGGGUUGAAGGAGAAGGAGGCGCUGGAGGGGGUUAUUGAGAAUUUGGUUGGGUGGGUUAAGGGGAGGCGGAAGGGGGUGUAG